AUGAAACUUUCGAUACAUGCCUAUGAAACGCCGGCUCAAACUCAAAAUGUAGAUUCGACAAAAUUUGAUACGGAAACAAAACUAGGAGCGAUCGUAAGACCCAGAAGAAAAACUAUAAAUUUAGGCAAAAAUUUGGGCCCACCGAAAAGAGUAAAAAUAAACGAGGAGCUGAUUCAAAAAGAAAAGGAUGUGCUUAGUAUUAUUCUUGAAUCCAAGCCAUUGAAUGCAACUCCGGAGCCAGAAAUAAAUGAUAUUCUUGAAGCAAAGCCAUUGAAUGCAACUCCGGAGUCAGAAAUAAAUAAUACGAAUCUAAAUAAAGAGGAUGCAAAGCCGGAUACAAAUGAUACGAAUAUAAAUAAGGAGGAUGCAAAGCCGGAGCCAGAUACAAAUGAUACAAAUAUAAAUAAAGAGGAUGUAAAACUGGAGCCGUAUACAAAUGAUACGAAUACAAAUAAAGAUAUUAUAUUACUCAACGGUAAGGCUUAUACGCGUACAAAAUGCAUCGGUCGUGGUGGUAGCAGCAGAGUAUAUAAGGUCAUAGAUUCGAAUUCUCAAGUUUUUGCUCUGAAAAGGGUCUUAACUAGUAAUGUGGACGAAAACACUAUUAAGGGUUAUAUCAAUGAAGUCGAAUUAUUACAAAAAUUAGCUGGAAGAGAUCGUAUAAUAAAAUUAUACGAUCACGAGAUUAACACUGACAAAGGAUAUAUAUUAAUGGUUGAUAAAAUUGGAAAACCUAUAAAGAUAGAUUUUAUCAGAACAUGUUGGCAGCAGAUGCUUGAAGCUGUCUAUACGACUCAUUCGGAAAAAAUUGUUCAUUCAGAUUUGAAACCAGCAAACUUUAUUGUAACUGAAGGUUCCUUAAAAUUAAUUGAUUUUGGUAUAGCAAGAACUAUACAGAAUGAUACUACGAACAUUCAUCGAGAACAACAGGAUUUAAAUGCUGCUAAUAAUCAAUCUGGGGGGGAAAAAUUAAUAAAACUGGGACGUGCAAGUGACGUUUGGUCUUUAGGCUGCAUCCUUUAUCAACUAGUUUAUGGUCGUACCCCAUUUGCUCAUUUAAAUAUGUAUCAAAAAUUCAAAUGCAUUCCUGAUCCAGACUAUCAUAUCGAGUUUCCUUCGACUUCCAGUCCGAUAUAUAAUGGUAAUCAAGCACCUUUAACUGACGAAAAUGGUGCAAGCCAAGAAAUUCCGGUCGACGAAAAUUUGCUAAGAAUCAUGAAAAGUUGUAUACAAAGAAAUCCUAAAGAUCGAGCUACAAUUCCAGAAUUAUUAUCUGAUCCUUUUCUUAGUGGGUCAUAUGUACGAGUAUCAGAACAAAUAUUAAAUAAUUUGAUCCGUGAAAUAAUUAAGUAUACCAAAAAGGCUAAUAUUAAUGACUCACAAGAACAAAUAACUAUGAUCGCAAAGUCAGUUUUCUCCCAGCUCCGUAAUAAAGAGCUGAUAAGUUGUGAACAAUGGGGAAAUAAAUAA